AAAUUAGACUUGUGUCUCUAGGCCAGUACAAGUAAACAUCACUGCAUUACGGAAAAUCUGAACUAUGAAUAACCCAUUCAAUUCCUAAAACGCAAUUACCGUACCUGACAUCCAAAAAACCUAUUUAAACAACAAUUCUUUUCUGAUUCUCGCCAGUUUAUACCAGCGAUCUCGUAAUCGAAGAAAGGGUUGCUGUCAACAACUUACAAUGUACGCCCCGCUGAGUUUAAUUUCCCUUUUCGUCCUAGUGAACGCCCAGCGUGAAAUUCCGGAUUAUAUUCACAUAUGUCAUCGAAACGAUCCAAAUGUGGCCGACUGCAUUAAAACAUCUGUUGAACUCUUACGGCCACGUUUAAAGGAGGGUAUCCCAGAACUGGAUGUUCCCAGUUUGGACCCGUUCUAUGUUCCAGAUCAUGAUUUGGUAAUGGGGUCGCCCAGUUUUAAGUUAUUAAGGAGAAAUACUGUGGCUUAUGGCGUUUCCGAUUUUGAGAUUGUUAAACUUAAGGUAAAUAUACCAGAUUUAACAUUCGGUAUUCAAGUACUGAUUCCGUUAAUAAUAGUAGAAGGUGAUUUUGAUAUAAGUGCCCAAAUUUUGAUACCGUUCAAAGGACAAGGGAGAUAUUCCAUGAACGCCAGCCGUGCUUUUGGCGACGCUGUUUUGCACGCCGAGCCUAAGGAUGGAAACGGUGAAGACCAUUUGCAUUUCAUACGUUUGGAGCUAAAAAUAAACGUCCCCGAGUACCACAUUUCCCUAUCAUCUCCAAAUUCUGGCGGUUCUCUACUAAGUAAAACUGCAAAUAUGGUCAACCAGAAUAAGAAACUUUUCCUUGAUAUACUAAUGCCCGUAUUGGAACGACAACUGUCUGUUAUGCUCCUUGACAUUGCUAACAGGAUUACGAAGAACUUCAAAUAUGAUGAGGUGUUUCCUGAAAAGUAAGCAGCGUCUAGCGAAGUGAACUGGAUGUUGUAGAUUUUGAAGUAAAUUAAUAUGGCAGCGUGCAUGAUGUUCUAAAGUUUGGGAUUUCUUUAAUAAACUAUGAAAAUUA